CAUACUACUGGCUAGAAAGCGCCGUGUGAAUUUGAUCGACAUUUCAAUUGAACAAAUAGGUAAAUGCAUUUCGGAGCUUACGUUUCGUGGGAUGACGACAAGACAAGGACUGUCAAAACACAAGGUGAUCUCCUCGGGGAGACUGACCAGCACCAGUCGAGGACAGCCCAUCAAGAAAAAGUUACCCAGUAAACCAACACCUGCCCCUGGACCACAUUACUCUCUUUACUCUACUGACUCCGAGGAUCAAGUCACAACCAUACACAGAGGGUUAGAUCGCUGUGCAGCCUUGCUCCAUGGCAUUCUUCAAGCUGAACAAGAGGAACCCAAACCACCCACUGCCAAGGGUACCAAGAGUGUUCCCUCCAAACCCAAACCAAAGCAAUGUCCAGGGAGACGGGAGGCAGAAAGAAAAAAGCCUGUGAGGAAAACGAUCUCUGCUUCGGCCUCAGCUCCAGAGCAGAAGGCCAUCUUGACCUCCCGGUCUCAGUCUGCGCUGAGAGGACAGCCCGGCUACCCUGAAGAGCCCAGACCCACAGGAGAUCCAGGAGGCCCUCAGAUGGCGCCACCUGUGGCCACAGCAGCCCAGUGGGAGCUCAUGCAGCCACAGGUUAGACCCAUGGCUUACCCACAACAGCAGGGUAGCAGUGUCAGCCAACAUUCAUCAGGUCAUCAGGGCACCACCAUGUUUAACUGCCGUUUGGCCACCUCCACUCCGAUUCUUGGUCCUCAGGAUGCAACUAACUCCCAGCCUUAUGCCUCAAACCCUAUGCAAGUCCAUUCAACACCAGAUGCACAGCUGCAGCAGUUCGCUCAGCACUGGGUUAUGACCACCACGGCUCCGUCUGUCCCACAUGGGGUCAUGUCCACUACCACUACACCACAGAUGACCAUAGCACAGCAUCCAACCUUCAGCAGCGUGCUAACUCCUUUACAUCAUCUUACCCCAGUGACAUCUACCCCAGCAGGAGUCACAAGCAUGCCUGCCCCUUUAUAUAAUCACGCCACAGUCAUAACUGCCCCACCUCAGCAGCCUCUACUGCCCCAGCAUGGGGCUUUCCCCUCUGGACAGGGUGUUCCUGUUCACUCCACCCCCAUUGUUAGUCCUUUCCCUGCUGCAAUGCCAAAUCAAGAUGUUCCCCAGGUGUUACACAACGUCAACCCCGUUGCCACAGGGACUCUCAGCUCGUACCCCAUCACGGCACAGAUGCCCCAGCCACCUGCCCAGGUCGUGGGGCAUCGAGGCCCGCCUCAGGGGUGCCCGUCUGGGGAGAGCUCGGAGUACAGCCCCACGAGCGACGAGGAAGAGGCGGAGGGGGUGGACACUACACCUGUAAGAGACAGCGACUCCCAGACUGGAACCGGCACCGGUACGGGAACGCCGGCCAUCCUGAAAGCUAAGCCCCUCAGCCCAGAGAAGACUGCCAAGAAGGUCAUGACUGUCAAAUACCUCCUUGGGGAGCUGAAAGCAAUGGUCGUGAACCAGGACAGCGCAGCUGUGCAGCUCAUCAAUGAGGUGGAGAACAGCAUCUCUCUCCUGCCAGCCAUGGUGGGCUCCACCAACAUCCAGGCUGAGCUCGCUCUGGCCCUGCAGCCACUCCGCAGCGAGAAUGUGCAGCUCCGCAGACGUCUGAGGAUCCUUAACCAGCAGCUCAUGGAGCGUGAGCGAGCAGAGCGAGAGGCCCGGCCUGUGGACUGUGACCUGGAGAUGACCUCGCUGCAGUCCCUCAACCUGACCCUGCAGCUCCAGCUACGGGAGGCCAACAACGAGAUGGAGCAAAUACAGCUGAAGAACAAGGAGCUACAGCAAGCUGUGGAGGACAAAGAGAACGAGCUGCAGCUGAGCAGGCAGCAAAGUGAAGCAGAGACCAGUCGCAUAAUGAUGGAUGUCAGUGGUGCGUUAUCUGAAAUGAAAAGCUAUCAGAGUAAACUGGAGAGUUCCAUGAUGGAGAAUGCUGCACUGUCCAGCUCUCUCCAGCAGAGGGAAGCAGAGAUCUAUAGACUACAGGAGGUCAUCAGGAAUCUUCAGGGGCCAAUCUCAGGGUCAUCCAUAGAGCGUCUUGAAGUGAUGGACGCGCCAAAGCCAAAUCCCCAUCUCAGGAAGCACGUUCUGGAAAUGCACCAACAAGAUCAAAAAAGCUCUUGUGGGUCUGACGACAUCGCCGACUCGGUCAAAAACUACCUUCAGUCCAUGGAAGAGAAGAAUCUGACCUCUUCACCUCCAAGGUCUCACUUGAGUCCACAGAGGACCCCAAGUCACUCCUCUUCACAGUGGAGAGGUGCUGGGCUUGGUCUUCCGCAGGAACAGCUGUGCUCACCCAGACGGCAGGGUGUGGGUGUACUGGGAAAGGAGAGCUACAGCGUGGGUAGUGAGAGAGGGUUUGGUGGUGGGAUUGAUUUUGCCCCUCUGAAAGAGGCCGGAGCGGCACUGGCAGAGCCUCCUAUGAGGAUGGAGAGGUCAUUAGACAGGUCUGGUGCCCUGAAGUCUUUAAGUCAAAUCAUGGAUCGAAUGGCCCUGACAGCCAAAGGCCUGCAAUGUGAGGACAGUAACAAACCAUCUAGCACUAAUGGGACAACCUCUCACUUUAAGGUCAAUCCUGGUGUCCUGCCUGUCCCACCACAGCACUUGGACCUGGGCGAGACUCCAGCAGCAUACACAGGGAGGCCUUCGGAGAUGGACAGCUCCCUCUCCUCCACCUCCACCUCCUGUGAGUCCCAAGCCACGGACUGGAGCAUGAACUCCUGGUCCACCUUCAACACGCGUGAUGAGGAGGUGUUCCGUACUGGCAUGGCAGCAUUGGAUGCAAGCAUAGCCAGGCUACAGAGAACCCUGCAGAUCGAUAUCAAGAGAUGACGAUGCUGACUCUUUUACAUGCCACUAUUUACAUAAGUGUACAGAGGUCAAAAGUCUUUAAGAUAAGGAGUGUAGCACAUCAGGCUGUUUUUAUCAGAUUAUCUGUGUGUGCGUGUGUGCGUCUGUAUGUAUUGUGUGUCUUUAAUGAUUGGUUUAAAUUAUGGAAUUUUAAUAAAAACAUUCUUGAAGA